GCGGGUCCGGUGCCACCUUCCAGCGCAAGCGCUGGGCUGUGGCGGGCCUUGUGGGCUGCUGCAGAGCGGAAUCCACCUCAGGACGGUCGUUGCAGGUAAAAUUUACAUUCACUGAGAUUCACAGAUCUUAUGCUUACUUCAGUUUUAAGUCAAGUUUUGACAAAUUUAUACACCCCAAAACCUAGUCAAGAUAUAGAAUAUUUUCCUCCCAGAAAGUUCCCUCAUGCCCCCUCCCUGCCAGAAGCAACAGCUGUUCUGAUUUCUCUCAAGAGCUAACCGUUCAUGAGAUUCUUUUUAUGUGACACUACAUCCCUUGAACAGCAAUCAAAAUUGUACCGUGAAAUGCAACCCACCCCAAGAUGUUAUCAGUUAUUUACAAUUUAGUAUGCAGGAAAGAUUGGCAUAAAACUAUUUUGGGAAAAGAGGGAGGUGAGAUUGCAAGGACCUUAAAUAUUUGGUUCCUGAAGGAUGUUCAGAAGCCCUGCAUUGCCGGAUGCUCUGGAAAUAGGCCAGUUUGUUUGUUUCCCCUAGACAUAAUGUCAAGUGGAGAUGAUCAGCAAUCACGGGCUUUUGCCAAACCCACUUUCAGUGAGAACCGAAGACGCUACCGAUGGCCCAACUGAAUAUGUCCUCAAAAUAAACAACACUGAGGCUAGCAAAACUCCAGACCUGAUUGAAGUGCAGAGUCACAUCAUCAUGUUUCUGAGAGCGGCUGGAUUUCCGACAGCCUCUGUGUGUCGUACUAAAGGAGACGACAUAACCUCUCUCGUGUCCGUAGGCAGUGGCUCUGAAAUCAAAAGCUACUUGGUAAGGCUGCUGACUUACCUCCCAGGAAGACCUAUAGCUGAGAUUCCCAUCAGCCCCCAGCUAUUAUAUGAAAUUGGAAGGCUAGCUGCCAAAUUGGAUAAGACACUGGAGAAAUUCCAUCACCCAAAGUUAAGCAGUCUUCAUCGGGAGAACUUCAUCUGGAAUCUGAAAAAUGUACCUCUUCUGGAGAAAUAUCUGUAUGCUUUGGGCCAGAAUCAAAAUCGAGAGAUUGUCGAACAGGUCAUUCAGCUGUUCAAAGAUGAAAUAAUGAGCAAAUUAAGUCAUUUUCGAGAAUGUAUCAAUCAUGGAGAUCUUAACGACCAUAACAUUUUAAUAGAGUCCAGCAAGUCAGCCUUUAGAGAUGAUGUAUAUCAAGUGUCUGGGAUUUUAGACUUUGACGACAUGAGCUAUGGCUAUUAUGUGUUUGAAUUGGCAAUCACCAUCAUGUACAUGAUGAUUGAAAGCAAGAAUCCUCUACAAGUAGGAGGUCAUGUCCUCGCAGGGUUUGAAAGUAUAAUCCCACUGACAACUGUAGAGAGGGGUGCUUUGUUUCUACUUGUAUGCAGUCGUUUUUGUCAGUCACUUGUCAUGGCUGCAUACUCUUGCCAGCUACACCCGGAGAACAAAGAAUAUCUCAUGGUUACUGCGAAAACUGGGUGGAAGCAUUUACAGCAAAUGUUUGACAUGGGCCAGAAAGCUGUAGAAGAAAUCUGGUUUGACACUGCCAAGUCCUAUGAAUCUGGGAUCUCCAUGUGACUAGAUCAAAGUUCACAUUAACUUGGGUAAUUAAAAACCCAAGGGGACCAAAUCUAAUUCUAUGAAGCAUUUCCUGCACAGUUAAAAAUGAAUUGAUGGAACAGUAUAAUGCACAUGAUACCACUAAGGUCUUCAAGCAAUCUCAGGACUAUUUUUUAAACUUAAGAAAGUACUAAAUGAAGAAGCAUGUCUUUCUGUGGGUCUCGCUUGCCUUGCGUAUAAAACAUGCAGAAUGAUAUUUGGAAUCAGAUAAUCUCUCAAGGUCUAUUCCAGCCCUGAAAUCAAUGACUUUUUUCAACUUUGAAAGGAAUGUAUAUGUACAGAUAUAUUCACAUAUUUUAAAUAACUGGAUGUAACAUACAGACCUAAUUAACAUAUCACCAAUUCUAUGAAGGCUUCUCCCAUCUCUUUGUUCUCCAGAACCCCUUUGCACUCUCUUUUAUGGCACAACACUCUUUUUUAUGGAUUUCAGCUGUAGUUAUCUAGGCUAACAGCUAUUUGAAGGCAGAGACUAUGUAAAACUUUUGUUUGUCCCUCAUACCUUCUUCUUACACCUGAUAUAGUGCCUUUCCCACAGUCUUUAAAAAUAUUUGCAAAAUUAGUGAAUGCUAGAAUUAAAGCUGGAGGAGGUAAGGCACACGCUAAGAUGCCUUAGGAGGAAACACAGAUGGUAUUCAAAAGAAAAACUUUUCACUUGUUUGAGAGGACAGUUGAAACUGGAACUCCAGCGAUAGAGUCUAGAAGACACUGGAACUGCAAGGAAGCAAAUAAGGACAUCCAGGCAGGGCCACUAACUCCUGAGGUACCUAAAUAUAACAGUUUUCAGAUUGAUACCAAGGAAGUCCCUUAGCAGAUAUUUUAAAAUUCUCUAUCACUUAUGUUUCUUUUCUUUUCUUUUUUUGUGAAGAGAUCAGCCCUCUGCUAACAUCUGCCAAUCCUCCUUUUUUUUUUUUUUUUGCUGAGGAAGACUGGCCCUGGGCUAACAUCCGUGCCCAUCUUCCUCCACUUUAUAUGGGACGCCGCCACAGCAUAGCUUGCCAAGCAGUGCGUCAGUGCACACCCAGGAUCCGAACCAGCGAACCCCGGGCCGCCGCAGCAGAGCACGCGCACUUAACUGCUUGUGCCACCGGGCCGGCCCCAAUAUGUUUCUUUUCAUAUGAACAUGUAGUAUUGGUGAACUGUAGCUCACUGUACACUUGACUUUAAUUACACUAGUGUAGUUCCUUCACUGAUUUCUCUUCAUGUCUCCCUUAGUAUGAUUUAGUAAAUGGCUGUUUACUUAGUCUCAUGGUUUUAACUAUCCAUUCUCUACAGACCACUCAAGUCUAGAAUGCUGGCCAUUCAAACACCCUCUCAGUAGUUAUCUCUUUCAAUAUAUAUGAAUCGGCACUGAUUCUAUGUCUCUUUAUUUACCUACCUACCAACCGACCUAUCUAUACUCCCAAAGCAGGUGUGUAGAUCUUGCUGUACAAUCUCUGAAUUGUCUUGUGUCGUUCAUUUGUAUCAUUCUUGUAUUCAUCUUUAAAUUCUCUGCAGCUCAAUUUCCUUAUCUGCAAAGUUAGGGUAAUGAUAAUACCUAUCUCAUAGAGUUAGUUGUAAGGAUUUCAUAGAGAAUAAUGCAAAGUUCUUAGUACAGUGCUUGGCACAUUGUAGAGACUUAAUAAAUAUUUACUAAAUGAAUGAACCACACUCCGGGUUACCCAAACUCAAAAUAUUGGAGUAAUUUUUUUGUGUGUGUGUGGUGAGGAAGAUUAGCCCUGCGCUAACAUCUGUUGCCAAUCCUCCUCUUUUUGCUGAGGAAGAUUGGCCCUGGGCUGACAUCUGUGCCCAUCUUUCUUUACUUUAUAUGUGAGACGCCUGUCACAGCAUGGCUUGAUGAGCAGUGUGCAGGUCCACACCCGGGAUCCGAACCUGUGAACCCCAGGCUGCCAAAGCAGAGCACACAAACUUAACAACUACGCCACCAGGCUGGCCCCUGGAGUAAUUCUUUUAUUUGCCUCUCUUAUAUUCAAUCAGUGAUCUGAUUCUUAGGAAUCAGAAUUUUAGAUUAGUAAAUGGCGAUCAUAAUCCCUUUCCUUCCUACCUUAAGUUUUUAAUAAUAUAUAAUAAAAACCAAUAUUUAUUGAGCACUAAGUAUUUAAAAGAAAACUCUUUCUCUACUCUCACAACACUUCUGAUACCAAGUAUGUGAAUUUUUCCCUUACAUUAAACAGUUCUGAUACUAACUACCCAAAGUUAAUACAGACCUCAUAGGUUAAGGGCUCAGUCCCACAAAACUGCCUCCACUUGAGACGCCUGUAUUUCUGACCAACUAGCUAUAAGUUGGGGGUUCCCACGACCCCCUCCUCAAGUUUGAUAAUUUGCUAUAACGGUUCACAGAACUCAGGGAAAAACUUACUAUGUUUAUCAGUUUAUUAUAAAGGAUAUAAUAAUAAAGGAUACAGAUGAACAGCCAUAGGAAGAGGUACAUACAGCGAGGUCC